AUGGCUGCCGUCGCGACCGAAGAGAUCCGUGCCAACGCGUACGUCGGUUUCGACACCAUCACGCAGCAGAUUGAGCACAAGCUCUUGAAGCGUGGUUUUCAAUUUAAUGUCAUCGUUGUCGGUCAGACCGGCCUUGGAAAGUCGACGUUGAUCAAUACAAUCUUUGCUUCGCACUUGAUUGACUCGAAGGGUCGCCUGGAGGCAGAUGAGCCAGUGAGACAGACGACAGAGAUUCACCCAGUCUCUCAUGUUAUCACGGAAAAUGGUGUGAGGCUACGCCUUAACAUUGUUGACACACCCGGAUAUGGCGACCAGGUCAACAACGAGAAUUGCUGGGAUCCCAUCGUGAAAUACAUCAAAGACCAGCACAGCUCCUACCUCCGUAAGGAGCUCACUGCCAUGCGUGACCGCCAUAUUCAGGACACGCGCAUCCAUUGCUGUGUGUUCUUCAUCAAUCCGACUGGUCAUUCCCUCCGUGCCAUCGAUAUCAUCGUCAUGAAGAAGCUCAGCGAGGUUGUCAACGUUGUGCCCAUCAUCGCCAAGGCAGACAGCUUGACUCUGGAGGAGCGCGAGGCGUUCAAGCAGAAGAUUCGGGCCGAGUUGAUUUUCAACAACAUUCGUCUUUAUCCCUUCGACACUGAUGAGAACGAUGAAGAGGAAAUUCAACUGAAUGAGAGUAUCAGGAACAUGAUCCCCUUCGCUGUCGUCGGCUCAGAGCGAAACGUCAUCAUUGAUGGCAAGUCUGUCCGGGGACGCAAGAACCGCUGGGGUGUUGUCAAUGUUGAAGAUGAGAAGCACUGCGAAUUUGUGUAUCUCCGCAACUUCCUUACAAGGACACAUUUGCAGGACCUCAUCGAGACGACUGCCCAGAUCCACUACGAGGCUUUCCGCUCAAAACAGCUGCUGGCCCUCAAGGAGCAGACCAACCCCCGGCCUGCCGCUACUGCUGCUUAG